AUGCUGAAAUUUACUUUGUAACUUUAAGAAUAAAUAGUAUCAUAAAAUAAUUUAUAUUGUUAAGCAAAAAAAUAAAUAAUAUUGUUUUGCUUAGUAAAUAUGAAAAUAUUUUAUUAUAAAAUUGGUUAUAAAUUAUUUCUAAAAAAAGAGAAAAAUGAUUAAAAUUUUUUUUAGAGCUAAGAAACAAUUUUUAUUAAUUUAAACUAAAAAUUUUUUCAAUUUUAAAUAAAAUAAUUUCAAUUAAUUACAUUCAAAUAGCUUUGUAAAAAAUCAAAAAUUAUGAUCCAUUAAAGUUGUUUAAAUUAAUAAUUUGAUAUAUUUUUAAUAAGUAAUACUCUUAUCAAUAAUUAAUAUUUAGUUUUUAGACUAAUUUUUACUCAAAACCCUACUUUGUUAAUGAAUCACAGAAACCCUUAUGAUUAUUAAAAUUAUAGAUCUCCUGUAAAAUAAAUGUUUACUUUGAAAGACUCUCUAGAUAAGGUUAGUUAAAUAAAUGGUGGAUAUGGAAAAGAUAAUGGAGAAAAAAUAGAAAGCCCGUUUAAAUAUCAUCCUAAAAAAGAACUAGCAGAGAAUUAAUAUGAAGAUUUCUAACAUAGAUUCAACUAAAAUAAAUUAAAAUAAAAGCUCGAAUUAAUUCAAAUGGACUAAAGAUAUCUAGCAUAAAAAGCAGACCUUCUGAAAAACUAAACUAGUCUUUAAAGAGGGAACUAGCAGCUUUAAAAGGAUAUUAAUUAUAAUAAUCCGAAUGAUCCUUUCUACUAAGAUGAGGAAGAAAGAAGGAUUAUUGAUAGGUACGAAAGUAACUUCAAAAUUAAAAAUAAUAAAGCAAAUAAUCAUCUAAAUUCUUAAUUUGAGCUGGAUUAAUUAUUAAAUGGAUAGGAUGAAAUUUCGCCAGAAAAAAAGAAAAAAGCUAGAUUUUUGGACUAAGAUAACUACAACAAUUAUGACAUGAAAUCACCAAAUAUUUUUUAAGGAAAAUCAGUUGAUAGAGUACAGCUUUUACAGUAUUUAAAAAACGGUGUAAUUCAGCCAACUCAUUUAAAUUAGUAUUUUAACUAUGAGUCUGAUUAAGUUUUUAAAUUUGCCCAAUCUCCUUACAGCCAGAUUAAUAUAGAAUAAAAAGGAAGAUUAAGAAACUAUGAGUCAGCUAUAAAUCUUGCUGCCUCUUCUAUUUUAUAAGAUAGAUAUACUUACAGUCCAUAUAAAAAAAAUGACUUAGUUUCAGAUAAGAUUUAUAAACCUCAUUCUGGUUUUAUUCUAAAAUGGGAUUUUGUCACUGAGCUGCCCUUCAAUGUUGAAAAAAUAAGAGUUAACUAUGGAUUUUUUUAAAAAGGUGAUUCUCUUUUCACUUAUAGAAGUACAGAGGAAUAAAGAAAUGACCUUGUUUAUAGAAGCACAACACAUCAUUAUCAAACAACUUCAGAAAAAAGUAUAAGAAAAUGUUUGAUAUCUGAAACUCUUCCUAUAAAAAAUAUCAAGCUCAAUGCAGAAAGUGUUCUCUAUUUCGAUCUUUGGAUAUGGGAAAAAAAUAAUUUAAGUUUUCCAAGUAUAUAUGGCUGGAGCCUUUUGGAAAUGCUAGCUGAUGAUUUGUCUGUAAAUGCUGGUAAAUUUAAACUACCUCUUUACAGCAAAGAAUAUAAUCCUUAUUUGAUUUACCAAACUGGAAUUCCAUAUAAGAGUGAUAUAGUGUUUUUAUAUCUCACUAUUAUGUCUCCUGAUGAUGAAGUUAGAGUAAAGAGUUAAACUUCUCUAGUUGAAUAAUACAUUAUACCAAAGAUACACUUGAAACCAUAAAAUAAAGAGAUCUUAUAGAAGUUCAAAAGUGAAACAGAUAGAAGAACUUUUGGUAGAGUUUAUAGAAAAGUUUAAGUAGGAGACGACACUGAUGAUGCUUAUGCACAAGAAGAAUCUUUGAGAAAGGACAUUUUACAUAAUGGGUUAUACUAACCAUAAGACAGACCAUUUAAUCCUAAACUCUAGCCGAAUAAUGGCGUUUAAGAUUAGUUUUAAAGAGAAGAUUUGAUUAAAGAUAAAAUUUAUUUUAAAACUAUUGAUUUGAAUCUCCACAGCAGUCUGUUAAAUAAAUAAAACAUAAAUUUCUUAUUUACUAUGAAUAAAAUUGAAAAUUUAUAAUUAGCUCUGAAUAUUUUAAUAUUAAGAAUCAGAAUAUUUGUUAUGUAUGGUGAAUAAAUGAUAUAUUCUAGGCAAGAUGAUUAAUAUUAUAAAGUCAGCAGAGAAAAUAACUGUAUUGAAAUCGAUUACAAUAAAUAUAUCGAAUUCGAUUUUGAUUUUUAGCAGCUAUUAUAGGAAUAAAGACAGUAUAAAUAGUUGAUAUUAUUAAUAAAUUUUAUGGAUGUAGACAACAACGAAAUAGGGUGGAUUUCUUAAAAGCUUAUUUAAUUAAAAGAAAAGCACUUAAUGCCACGCUCUGGGAAUAUGAAAUAAAGGCUAAGAUAAUUUUCAAAUGUUUCUGAAGAAUAUGAGUAAAGUGAUAAUAUUGUAGAUUUCUUUAUAAAAAUAGAUGAAAUAGAAGAUGAUAAUACAUCUAUAAUGGCUAAUGGCAUUUCUAAAGUUUAAAAAUAAAUAUUUAGCUUCUAAUUUAAAAAAAUAUACAAUCUAGAACCUAAAGACUAGCAACUUUUUUAUUCUAUUUAGCUGAAAAAAGAUGAUUAACAAAAUCCAGAUAUAGUAAUAAACGAUUAAAACUUUUCUGAAAUCGUAUAAGAUAAGUUAAUAAUAAAUGAAAAAAUAAAUAAUCUUGAAUAUACUACUUUAGCUACUUAAUAAAUUUAAGUUUAAAAGAAAGAUUUGAGAAAACUAUUUUCUUUUCAUAAUUAAAAUAUUUUUUUAGAGAUUUCUCUCUAUAGUUAGAUUCCUAAAAAACCUCUUUAGUUGAUAGGGAAAGGAGAAAUACCAAUAAUUUAUAAUAGUGAAUAAGGAUAUGAGUUCUUUGAGGAAUCAGCUAUUCUAAAAAUAGAGAUAAAGCCUAUAAAUGUGUAAAAUAAUAAAUAAAAUUAGAUUUAUGGAGACUUUUAAAUUUAAUUUGUUAAAGAACAUAAGAAAACAUUAGAAUUUUAUUCUACUUAAAGUGGGUUUAAUAUAAAACUAAAUGAAUUAAUUGACUAUCCAUACCCAUAUUUUACUUAUGAUAUAUCAGUGCAAGUAUUUAAGGAUCGUUUGUAUGAUAAUUUUGGUAAGCUUUGCUAAUAUUAGUAUCCUAAAUAAAUGAGGUAAACGAAAAAAGGUACAAUUUUGAUAAAACAAAAUCUAAUUAUCCCCCUCAACAUUGAAAAAUUAAAAUAAGAAUACAACUCUUAAAUAGAUUCAUCCUUGAUUUUAAUAAAAAUCUAUACAAAUGAAAAUAAUAAAAACUAGCUUUAUGGUUGGUGUGUGCACUAAUUAAUUAAAAAGGAUUAGUAUAAUAUUGGAGAUUUUAAAGUUUAAUUAUUAGAACCACCUAUAGAUGAAUUGUAGCUUUUAAAUAAAACUUCUCUCAAAAAAACUAAAGCUAAACUAACAUUUUCUAUUUAGAAUUGUAGAUUAGACGAUGUAGACUAUUUAGCAAAACUAGCAUCAUAAAAAUGA